AUGGCUAGCCACGCCUGUAGCGAAUGCAGCGCAACUUUUCGCCGUGCCGAGCACCUUCUGAGGCACAGGAUGCGACAUCUGGGCCAGCAGCCCUUUUCCUGCUCCCACUGCCGGCGCGCAUUCUCGCGGAAAGAUACCUUGCAGCGGCAUAUCUCAGUGCACGAUGCGAACCGUCAAGAGCGCCAGCAUAGCAGGCCGAUGCCUCUCCAAGAAUCAGCUGUGCUCGUAUUUGCACCCUCAGUCUUCCCAGGCAAGUGCUGCACACGAGAUGUGUACCUUUGCAAGAGCCCGUCUAACGGUUGCUCGCAGUCAGCUGACGAUGUCCCACGACAUCUGAGGACGCUCAUCGAUUCCUCUCCUCAGACUGGCCACUCAGGUGCCGAGCUGCAGGAAUCACGACCAAAGGAGUACGGUGAAGAGGACCCGAGCAAUUCCCUGGAUAUGUCAGGACACUCUGAUGGCCUUUCCUCUCCGGGCAUCCCCCCGGUUGUGGCCGGCGAGCAGUUCCUUUCAAUCCCGUCCGGGGACAGGGCUGAGCUGGACUGCUCAGGAGCAUUGCAACAGGUCAAUGUCCUGCAUCUAGGCCUCGAAUUUGCGUCUCUGGCCUCUGGGCUCCAGUCCUCUGAUCCAUACCCCCUCGACAUGGCUGCACAGGAUCCAUCUUUCUGGGACAGCUUUCUGGACCUUGGCUCGCUCCAUCAGUGCCCAAACGCCGGCUUUCCACAGGUAAUGUUUCCAGAGAAUUUCUUUCCUUCGCAAGCAGGCGCUUCGGUUUCUGCGUCGGACUCGAACCAACACCUACCGGAGUCUCGCGCACCCGUGCCGAGCUUCCUUGCCGCGAGAGCCAGCCCCGAGCCAAAUUUGGGCCAAGCAAUGAGGUUUGACGAUUAUAUACAAAAGGCAUGGAAAAUUCAAAGUGCGAGGGUCGCCAAGGGACAGGCUAACCCUACCAUAAUGGGCACCUUUGAUCCAGUACUCUCCUCGAGGGAUAGUGACGACAUAUGGUGCCCCGAGGACCUCGCCCACGUCAGCCCUCUUCCUAGACAAAAGUACAAUCAAAUCGUAGCAAAGUUUGAAUCCUUGAACAGCACGACCAAAGCUGGGUACAAGCAGUUUUCGACUGGCGCUUUCCCUUCCAUUACUGCCUGCAACGCGUUUAUGCAGCUCUUCUUCGAAGAAUUCGAUCCACUUUUCCCCUUCAUCCACAAACCGACCUUUGACCCUGGUCACGAGCAUUGGCUGGUAAUCCUUGCUUUGGUGACAAUUGGGUGUCGCUACUCCAAGAUCUCUGCUGCCGCUGAUUGCGUGGAUAUUUUCCAAGAAUUUCUUCGCCGUGCCUUUCAUGUCGCAGAAGCUCACGAUGUGAACAAGAUUGAAGAGGACUACCGGGUAACGCAUGAGCCAUGGUUAGCUCAGGCUGGUUUACUGAACCAGAUUGGUUUGCAAUUUUCAAGUGACCUCAGGCUCACUGAGUCUGCCCAGUCUAUCCGUAGCCUCAUCGCAUCACUUCUUGAUAGCCAGAAUGCUUUAUUUUUUGACCUGCCACCAAUCAUCCCGACAGAUUUGCUUCGGCUGCCAAUGCCCGGCACAGAGGAGCUGUGGCGGGCUUCUACCGCAGCUACGUGGCUUGAAGUCCUCCAGAAGCAAGGCAAGGACGGAGCAGAUCAGCCCCUGAGCAUCAGACAGGAGUUAAACAAUUUGUACAGAAACAAGACGUACUCGCAGAAUCUCGGUGAUUUCUCCACCCUGCUCCUUGUUUUGGGUGUCUUCCGAACUGCGCUAAGGUACCGCCACUGUCUGGAAGACGGAUUCUGGUCACCACCCAGUUUUGCUGGAGACGGCCUGCAACCUGAUAAUGUCCAGGAUAUAACGCCAGAAACGUUCCCAGGCACUAGCAGAGCCAUGGAAUACCUGCGGAUACUAUGUUCGGGGAUUGAGGAGCUGCCCAGGCUGUCUUCGCUCAAGUCUGCAAUCCUGAUACACCAUCACUCGAUCGGCAUCCUUCUCGGUAUAUCCAUAGGUGAGCUCUUUUGCUACUCCGGAUACCGUGUAUCGAGCGAUGAUAUUCUCGAAUGCCAAAACCGUCUCCGGACUUGGAUACGACAACGCGGUGGAGAGGCUCGCCAGGUCGCCUUACACGCGGGCAAGCUGUACGGCUGCAUUCGUCAUUCCAACAUGUAUGCGUAUUUUGAGGGCCGUGCGAUGAUGGCUUCUUGCCAGGCCCUUUGGAUCUACGGAGAGAUAUCCGGUGCGUCUGCACAACAGAACGUUGAGCGAGUUCUCGAUCAAAACCAAGUAACCAUAGCGCCAAUAUUUCGCCUGGACCAGAAGAAUAGCCAGCACGACGAGCAGACCUGGCUGGAACGAGGCGCUUCGAUUCGCCCCUACCUGGCGGGUGUGGGCUGUAUCCUCGGCUCGGAUGGUGCAGCGCGGCUUAUCCAGGAGGUUGUCCGGGUCUUAUGCGAUGCUCCUACUUGGGGGCGCUGUCUAGCCAUGGGAAAGGGGCUACAAUUACUCCAUCGAAUCCGGUCGGUAGCUGCCUCUUAAUACAUGAAGCAAAGAUUAGAAAUGACACAUAUACCAUUGCUACCAGCAGGAUAAUAAAUAUGUAAUUAUAC